CAUUCAAUCAUAAUCACUGACACUUCGCUUGCAGCAGGAGGAAGGUGAAAGGAGGAAUUCCAUUCAGUGAGUUAUCAUACAUAGAACCAAGUGCUUGUGUUGGCCUGAAUGAGUUUACUAUGCUGUUUGCUAAAAUAAUAGUUUUGGUUUUCUCCAUCAUAGGUGUAAUUCAAGGAAUUGCGGAUGGAUGUAUCUGGGGAAGAGCCCGUGAGAAAAUUUAUGGAGAACUGAAGGAGCCUGACUGUUACAACAGCAUGGAUUGUAAUCAUGAACAUGAAAUAGUGGAGCAACAGCUUUUCAACAAUGAAAUGAUGCUGACGAGUGAAUCAGGUGGAACCGGGCAGAGAGAUAAGCGCUUCUUGGAAUGGAAUGGCGGAGCAGUGGAGCAGAAGCGAGCACCAAUCCACCUUUUGCAACCUUCAUUCGAUCCGGAUCUGAUAGAACGUGAUAAGCGUGAAACACAUGGGGGAUUCGUCCACUCGGAUCGCAGUCAUGAGGAUGAAAAAACCUACCCAGCCGCUUCAAGAAGUACCCGGUCGCUACAAUAAAUUUUCUUCCAUUUAACCUAUAAAUCCUAUCAACAAUUCUUCCAAUCAUAUCAUUCCGGUGAAUAAAAAUUUGUUACAUCAUGGUGUUUGAGAUUAUACAAUAUCGAAUAAUAGAAUAUACUGUUUU